CUUUUUGCAAACCAUACAACCUGCAGUUUACUCAAAACAAAAUAGAAUAUUUUUCAUAAUAAAAAGGAUGAAUAACUUGUUCUAAAUAGGCGUCAUCAACAACAGUGUCGAUGAUGCAGGUUCCAAGCGGUUUUUAGAUCUCUGUGAAAAUACUUUAAACACACGAUGCUGCUUUCCGCCAUUCCCAAUUGCAACAGCAGGCUGAUUUCCCCUGCUGUAAACCAGGAAAAGGGGAAUCAACGAGAUGAAAGACAAUGGAUGAACCCACAACGACAACUGAAGUUUCUCCAAAGAUUGACUCCGCCUUUAUUUGCUGCAUUCGUAGCCUUAUCUCCUAUCAUAACUCCUCCAGGAUCAUAUGCUGAAGCAAUAGAUGUACAACGAGGAGCUUCAUUAUUUGGCCAUGCUUGCAUCGGAUGUCAUGUUGCAGGUGGAAACAUAAUACAACCAGGAGCAACUCUCUUUCUAAAAGACCUACAAAGAAAUGGAGUUGACACAGAAGAGGAAAUAUACAACAUAACAUAUUAUGGAAAGGGAAGAAUGCCUGGGUUUGGAGAGAUGUGUACACCAAGGGGUCAAUGCACAUUUGGUGCUCGUCUAAAAGAAGAUGAAAUAAAACUUUUGGCUAAUUUUGUGAAGUCACAAGCUGAUGAAGGAUGGUUAAACAUAGGAAAUGGUGGAGAUUGAUCCAUCUUGCCAUGUAAUGUUGAAAUCAGUACCAUAUGUAGCAUCAUGUUCAUACUAUUCUUAAUACUAGAUUAUAAUCGCAUGUUAAACGCAUAAAAAAAACAUACAAACGUCUAUAGAUAUUGCAUAAUAAUUAAAAAAAAAUUAUGGCUA